AUGGACGGCUCAGCAGCUAUUCCUGAUGAUGAUAUUGCGAGGUUAUCGCUGAACUACCAAUAUGAACCUCCACCUCCGCCUCCCCCAGAUAUCAUGACAGCCGGAAUAGUCGCUGUAGAUAUUACGGAUAAAUUCACACAAGCCGUCAACACCCUCGCACCCGGAGAUCUCGUCAAAGAUGACUCCUUUACCUUGUUCGACUCUGUCGCGGCUCUCGAGAUCAUGGAUCCAAAGAUGGACAGUGGUUGUGUCAAGUCACCAGAUGAGCUUGAGGAGCUCUACGACGUUAGUCGACCACUUCUUCCCGAGGAGGUGCUGGGUAUCAUAGAUCAGCUACUCUGCCACGAGAUGGCCUGGCACCAAGGAUACCCUCUAUCGCAGACUCUGUUUACAAGCAUAUAUGCCGAGGCGCUUCUGACACCCACACCACAAACUGUCCAAGAUGCUCGCUUCGUCAGAAAUGCCACUUCUGAAUCAUCCGGAAACUCUAAUAUGCUAGAAAUUCUCAGGGCGUAUUGUCUUGGUUUGCUAAAGGCUUGUGGCUACGUGAACGAGCGCAUCAGAUCCGAACACUACUAUGAGGAAGAGGACUUUGUGACAAACACAUACCACCGUACUCUUCUUGCAGAGAUACAACCCGAACACAUUCAGCAUGCUAUCCAAGAAGCGAGAAGUCUGCUCAUCACACUUGGUGACGAAAUCAGCCAUGAGCUCAGACAGGCACUCGAUCAGCGACUGCAGCUACGGUCGUAUUUCUUGAAAGCGACAGAGUGUCCCAAAUACAUGAGAGAGCCAGAUGUAGCGAGGAAACCAUGGCUGGAUUGUCUCAACCUCCUCCCAGGUAUCAAGGCCACUCAUGAUCUAGGCCAACCCGUUGAUGAUGCCUUCAGCGCCAAACUCCAAAGAAAACUUGCCAGCACUAUGCCUCCGAGGCCAAUUGUGCAGCUAAAGUUUGAAGAUGCAUUCGAACACUUGACGAGACUAUUCUCAGACGGCGCUGAACUAAUCGAUGUUCUCAACUACACCGACUCUCAGUGUCUACAGAACUUUGUUUAUUACUUCCAAGCCAAGAAACCCCAACCACUGGUCUUCGUACGGACCCUGCUUCAAACUUUCCUAUUUAACGAGAUGGAAGUUUUAGGGUCAAUGAGCAUCCGCCAGAUACUAGACGACGACUUUUCCAUCGUGACACUGCCCGCGAGCUUCCAGCUUGACCGCAACAAUGAUGAGAUCGAAGUUCCUCAAGAUCCCCGCUUCAUAGUUGCUGAGCAAAUGGAGCUCUUCCGCAAACGAGCGGCGCAACCUUUUCUCGAUAUCUUCAGAACGUACUGUCAGAAUCGAUGCCGUGUGCGACGCACACUUUGCCAUGUCAUUAGAGACUGGGAAAACCUCCAGGUUGACGCCGAGGAGCUUGAUCAAAGGAUUCAAGUCAGGUUGAGCGAGGAGCCUAUGAGACGGUUGACCGGCACGAACAGUGCUCCAGUCGAGACGUGGUCUCUUCCGCUGUCGUCAUGGACGUACCUGUACAAGAUCCGCCAGAUGGAAACCAUUGUGCAACUUGGUUUUGAGUUGGAAGUCUACCAACCAGACGAACUUGCCGGCAUGUACUGGUAUCUCAACUACCUCGCCAAAUGGAGAUUACAACAUGCAGAAAGGAUCAAGUCGUUCAUUGUUCGAAAGGUCGAGGAGUCGCGUGCAUCCCCUAACCCUCGCGACCCCACCGUCGAUCGCCAACUUGAGCGAUCUCUUGCCUUUACCCGGCUCACGCUUCUCGAUGCUGCUGUCACAUGGGAAUUGUCCGAUGCGCUCUCAUGCGUUUACACCAUAUUGCUACGGCUCAAGCUGAUCAAGCUCCCCCCGCGACCGUAUAGUAACGAUGAAUUGCGCUUUGAUCUGCGCAUGAGACCGUUUGCAGUGAUCGGUCUCCCACCUCUGCCAAACUUCCAAGAGUUCACAGAGGGAACAUCACAACCGGAAUCGCCUACAGUAGACAUUCUCAACUACGCAGAGAGGGCACUCAAGGGUGCGAAGAGAGGACUUGAGGCGUUGAGCAAGUUGUCUGCUCGGGAUGCAUUUUCGGUCGGUUCUCACGACAAGUGGGUCACUUCCAAGAAGAAUGCUCUCAAGGCGUGUAUCGCAACGGGACUUGCGAUCACAACAUUGCAAAAGGCAUUGGAGAGGGGUGCAGAUGACUUGAAGAUCAAGGUCGAGGUGCCGACUCCGGAUAAGUGUUAUCACGAUUGGUGGAUUGUGCCUCGUGUAGUUCCUACUUAA